AUGGGCGAAGACUGGUGGGACGAUUUUUCCAACAACCUUGCUACAGAUCUUGCUCCCCUUAUUAGCCUUUUCGGGGAAAAUCCAACCAAGCAGUAUCUCAGCGAAUGCUUAACCAUUCUGGAUAUUGUUAUAUUCUCCAUGGCCCCCAUUGGGGUUAUUACUGCUGUUGUAUCUGCAAUUCGAGUGCGUGGAACACCGUCUCUUAGAGCUUUCGUUGGGAGAGCUCAAGAGGGAGCCGGUACGGCCGAAGCAGAAUUGUGUUCAUCUACUAGCCGCGAUGUUUGUGAACUUUACACUAAUGGAGGUAUUGCUCGUGUUUUUGGUCGUCCUAAGCUACUCGAGGUCGUGCACGAUCCCAAGUAUUCGGGUAAUGCAUUUUAUCCUACAGAUGGAAGCAAGCCAACAGCUGGUAUAUAUUCCUUCGGGCAGUAUAUCAAAACAGAGCGCGGGAGGGAAGAAUGGAACGAGACACAAAAACGAAAUAAGUCUGCAGGAUCAGACGAGGAGAACUCUACUAGAGAAGAGCCAAUACGUUUUGCACCAAACCCAAAUCUUUCCCUCAAUAUUGGAAUCAAGCCAUUGCGCCGUGGUUGGUUUGUUUUUGCGGCCAUACUAGGGAUUAUGAUGCAGUUUUUCGUAUUGGUAUGGGCGGUUCUCACAAGAUACCACUUUCAAUGGACACGAAACUCCAAUGAAGACUACUACGCGGUUCCGUUGACGGUAAUUGGGACGGUCCUACUUUGCCUCGGAAUAGCUUUAUGUGCCUAUUUGAUCGAAAGCAAAACCAAGGAACAUGUCUUCGAAAGGAAAUAUAGUCCUAACUACAAAUCUGUAUUUUAUUGGGUCCAACCAGGAAAUCAAACCAUAGGCGAUCAGAUGUUUGACCCCUUUGGAUAUUCAGACACCAAGUCCCCCUUACAGAAGUACAUCACGUCGUACAAAGACAAAGCGGGAAAUGCUACGAUGGGCUAUAUUUGGACCGCAGUCUCAUUAUCCUCCUCCAACAACGGCAUGGCGGGAGACCCAAAUUUCUUCCAGGGGCACGAACUGGAAUGGCUGGCACUCAAGAUUGGACAGUCUGAUAUGCCUUCUAAAUCCAACACCUGCAAAUGGAGGGUUAUUAGUACACCAAGAACAAGUUGCGCAGACAUUACUAUUCGCUCUAUCGUAAAUGUGUCUUCUAAACCUGAAGCACAUGAAAGCGAGAUAUCAUGUUUAGUGGAAAGACUUCAAGGGUUUUCAGGCGGCGUGCCUAUCCUUUCUGGGUUUCGAAUCCAAUCACACAACUUUAAUCCCACGGAAAGUAUUAUGAAAAUGGCUGAGAAGGAGAUUUCUCAGUGGAUCUCAGCAGAAUACUGCACUGAAAAAACUCAACAUGAUUGUACAUCUGAUAGCUGCGGAUCAGGCCCGAAUUCGACCGUGAAGGCGUUCUUUUAUAGAAGUCGGCUUGCUCGUAUGAUAGGGCUGGAAGAACCGGAGUCAGAACAUAGUAGUCACUGGGGUAAAAGACGCGUUUUGGUUAGAGAUACGGCCCUAGCUUUGGCGCAAGCUAUUGAAGAAACCAUGCAAGUUCUCUUCGCCUCAGACUCUCAGCAAUCUAUCAAGCUUUCUAGAUCAUGGGGACAAGCCUUCUGCAUAUUUUGGACCAUUCAGUCCUCAUGUUCAUUAGAAGAUGGAACUAUACAAAUGUCAUUGCGAAGAGCACAUAACAAGGACAGGCUCCCUGAAGGACCGUGGAAAGCUGAAGCUUCUGAAAUAGAAGCUGUCCUUGGCUUAUGGUUCUGGUCAUUAAAAGAGCAGGGGCCGCGUGACGGUGGGGGUGCAGAAGAUAUGAGCUCUAAGAAGUUUGACGAGCGCAUAAGUCGCAUUCUCUCGACAGGUAAUAGUCUUCCUACAGGGAAUGGAAUGGAUUUGAAUAUCUGGAGAAAUAAAGAGGAACCGAUGAUACAAGAUUACCGGUUAAAGGUACAAGACCCAGAUGCUCAGCCAGGAUCUGGAAAUGUGCCCAAAGCAGAAGGAACUGAACAACACGUUAAUCAAACCUCCAGUCCGGGGAGAAGCAUCAGCCGCGCAGAAGUUGAGAAUGGAGUGUGGUGGAGAGAUGGAGAUGGAGAUGGAUUUGUUGUUGGCGUUGGCGAAAAUAGACCCCCUAGCGAAUCAUACGAUCAGCGACGAUUUUUUGGCUGGUGUAAUAUGAAAAAAACCUCGCCUUGGAAGAGUCUUCGUGCUUUGGUGAGGACUUCCAAAAACUCACUUUUAUUAAAUUGCGCGCAGGAAAUAUAUUCGUCAUUUUUAACGGCAAUUAUGACAGCUGUUCAGGAUACUGGAGAAGUAGAAGUCGACCGACAUCGGGGUAAUAUUACAGUCCACAAUGAGAAUGUCGACAAGAUCCAGAAUAUUCUUAUCGAAAGAGGCCUGUGUGAUACAGAAGAUGCUUUCGCAUGUACCAUCCCGAUUCUGAGAAAUCAGCACAAGCUUCAACUUCCUGAUAAGGUCCUUUAUGAAUUGGCCAAUAAUAAUAUAACAGCCUUUUCUCGAAAUCUUCAUCCGUGGAGUAAAUCCAUAUCUUUAAUUAACUGGAGACUUUAUCAUGCAUAUUCAAGUCUGGGAUCAAUAAGCGAGCAGAAAGGUUCGUUUGAGGGACUGGAGGCUAUUAAUCAGGUCAGGCGAACUUUCGUAGCGACCUGCGAAUUCUAUCGUCGAGAUAUCAUACGGAAUUACAGCGAGGGACUGGCCGGCUACGAAGGAAUUUUUGGAUUGCUCCAAUGGUACUCGAGAAAUCAAAAGAUCAUGGACAUUCCACUUGUCUGGGUUGAUUUUGGGGAGCGCACAGAUUCAAGCAAUCGUCAAUCGACACUUAGCCUUGCCGAGACGAUCAGAUGUUAUACCACCGCUGCCCUAUAUCAGGCAAAAAGGAUAAUAGAAGAAGGAGGAGAAGAAGAGUAUAUAUCAGAUUACUCCUCUAUGAAAGAUAAGCUACAGACUGAGUUAGGGGAGGAAGUCGAACCAAAAUUAAAGGCAAACAACCUUUCUCAAGCCAUUAAGGAAUCCGAUUUAAGCGCCACCCUUUAUUUUCUAGGACGGGAACCUCUUGACGAGCCAUCAAGAGUUUCGGCACUUAUUGAUGCCUGUCAAUUAGGCUGGUACAUGGUUGUCGAUGUCUUGGUGAAGCUUGGCGCAGGCGGAGAACAAGAAGAUAAAAACAGACUCCUUUAUGCCUCCCAAAUCGGAGAUAUCAACAUAGCGAGAAGAUUCAUUGGAAAGAAAGAUAUACGAAUGCAAGAUAACAACGACGGUGACGACUAUGAUUAUCGUUGUAUGGUUGUUCGCGAAGUAGCCAAACGAGGACAUGCGAUAAUAUUUAAUGACAUGAUACAAACUUGGAAAAGCCGGUCAAUAUUUGAUGAUGAUCAAAAAGGCAUGACGCCACUAAGUUCGGCGAUCAUAUCGGGGCAUCGUCAUAUUAUAGAUUUACUACUCAGCAACGGAUUGGCAAAACCAAAUGAUCGUCUUACGAAAUUACCAGCGCUUCAUUUGGCCAUCGCGGAAGAAAAAGAGGACAUAGUGGAAUUGCUUUUAAAAUUUGACGAAGUUAAACCAAACCAUAAAUAUAGCAGGAUGACCUGUUCCCCGCCGCCGCUGAUAUGCGCAGUCAGAGUUAAAAACGAGUCUAUUUUUGAGAAGAUUCUAAAGGCGCAGAGGACUGAUGCAGACCGUUAUGACGGAGAAACAAGGACAGCUCUUUGGUGGGCAGCGGCUUUAAGUCUUGAUUCCUACGUUCAAAAGCUCCUCAGCUCUGGAAAAGUGCACCUUCCGGAUGUUCAGGAAGAGGAAGGUGAUACACCACUCUCGAUCGCGGUGCAAGCAGAUAUCGUUGAAAAGGUCCGACCACGAAUUAAAAAGAGUACAGAAUAUUUUACUGAACAAGAGUUCGACGAUGACGAACAACAUAUGUGGCAUAACGUCGAAGAGAAUAUAUCAUGGGAAGAAUUAAAGAAUGGCAGAGGAGAAAUCGACUGGGACAGGCUGGGAAUUGAUACGAAAUACCUUCCUGAAUAUCUGGACUAUGCUUCACAGUUGGCUGAUGAGCCAUUCGAUGUCAUAGAUAGCUAUGUGCCUACUAACCGAAACCCGGCUAAGAAUGAGGAUGAGGGACAUAAUUCACGAGGAAGGGCCUAG